UACAAUAGGAAAUGCAUUGCAUUUACAAUCAACACAAAUAUCUGUGAAACCAAUCAUUCAGUGAUUACUUAACUGUGGAUCAGAUGAAUGAGUUGCUAAUUGGUCGGAGGAUUAGCUAACUAUUGCAUCACAAUCGGGAGAUAUAUAAUUGGAUUGAGUGUGAGAUACGCGACCACUUGAGCGGCGAAGACAUGUCGAGUAUACACAAACUGAAGUCCUCUGAGAGGGCGAAAGUGCGGCAAUUCAUUCAACUGACGAACUGCUCGGAGAAGAUAGCGAUGAACUGUUUGGCGCAAAACGAGUGGCGUCUGGAGAUGGCGUGCGACUCAUUCUUCCAGAGUCCCGACCAAUACAUGAAAGUGGUGGACAGGAAGAAGAUCGACAACUGGUUCCACAAAUACGCUCAAAGCCAGGACAAGAUCCUGGUCGACGGCUGCAUACAACUGCUCGAAGACCUGAGUUUACGACCGAAUGACCGCAAAGUCCUGAUUUUGGCCCAAAGACUGGGCGCUCAGAGGCAGUGCGAGUUCACGCGCCAGGAGUUCACCACCGGUAUGGCUGACAUGAACUGUGACUCCAAUCAGACCCUCUAUCAACGGCUCGUCGAGUUGGACAACGAGGUCACCACUGAUCUCAACAAACUCCGAGACCUCUAUCUCUUUGCCUGGAAUUACGGCAAACAACUCGAGGCCAAGACCAUGGAGUGGGAGACGGCCGUCGAGUACUGGAAUAUUCUGCUCCACAACACUGUCAACACACAACUGCUUCAGCUCUGGAUUCAGUUCGUGUCCGACAAUCGCAAGGCUGUCACCAAAGACACCUGGAAUCUGUUGCUCGAGUUCGCCACCAGUAUUGACGCCACGCUUAGUAAUUAUGACUUCGACGGCGCCUGGCCUACGCUCAUAGAUGACUUCGUGCUGUGGGCCAGGGAUCGACUCAAAGCACACAAUACUCGCGCAACCAUUCAGUCUAAUCAAUGAUCGCAUCGUUUAUGAUUAUAUAUGAAUAUUCAGUCAUUCAAUGUCUCACUCUUUCUCUCUGUUUAUUGUAAUUAAAAAAUUAAUGUUUGUUUUAUUCGUCCCUUUAUUUUAUUGGAAACUUUCAUUCAAUAACUUUUUAUUUAAUUAAUGCUCUGUUUAUAUAUUAC